AUGCAGGACGGGAGGGUGACAAUGGGGAAAAGAGGGGCCCGCGGGCGGGCUGCGGGAGCCCGACAGCCGGCCGGGGGCGGUGUCGGGGGCGGCACACGGCGGGGUGCGCUGUCCAAGGUGCGGAGAAGGUGCUGGGCGCGUGCACCGGCGCCGAGCCCGGAGCCCACACUGGCAGGGCGGGCGGGCGGAGAACAGCUGUGUCUGGGGCGCCGCGCACCCCCGGACUCCCUCACCUCUAGUUCUACUCCCCUCCCCCCCGCUCGCCCACUCCCCGCCAGGCUGAGUCCCGGUGCGGUGGCGAGGGGAGGGGUGGGGGCGGGGCGGGACCCGGGCACCCCGAUUCCCCACCCGGGACGCCCCGGGGAGGCUGCGGGCCGCGUCGCUGCUCACCUGGGGCCGCGGUUCUGGGAGCAAAGGCAGCCCCGCGGCGCGGAGUCGGGCGCCGGGCGCGGCGCGGCUCCUCCUAGCCUCGGCGUCCUCCGCCUCCUCCGGGCUCCGCUCGGACUCCUGUCCCGGGGAACCGAGCUGCCUGACGGGGCCGGGCUGCGGCCGCCUUUUCCUCGGUCUCCGCCGCCGCCGCCGCCGCCGCCGCAGCCGCAGACAGAGGACGCCCCGUGGCGGAUGGAAGCCUGUGAGGAACGGACGCUGGGCUUAGCCUGGAGGAGCUGCCCGCCGGGAGACCAGAGAAGAGGAGGCGAGGCCGUGUGGCCAGCUUGGAGUCGGGAUCCGAGGCCCGGGGAGGCAAAGCGGGACGCGCAGCCACCGGGGCGGCAGAAGUGGCGCCUGCAGCCCACGAUCGCGCUACCUACUCUGGGGAGGGGCAGAGGCCACUCGCUCCUGCCACUACCGGCGUCUGGACUUCUCCGCUGGGGCGCUGGGGGACGGAGAUCCGGAACCUCGCGGUUGCCAUGGCGACCUCGGAGGCGCCAAGCCGGCUGACAGGCCAAGCCGGGGACCCGGGCGCACGUGGCAGCCUCCUGGCAGAAG